AUGAUUUAUUGUCAGAAUUUAGGUAGUUAUCAACAAGUGAAUCCUGAAAAGCCAGAACGAAUGAUAAGACAAGGUUGUAAAUGGCAUAUCAAUCUCUCAAGACCUUCAAAAAAUAAUCCAAAUUCACUCAUCUUUGUUACAAUGUUUGUAAACAAACAUAACCAUGAAAUGUAUUCUGAGGUGCUGCAGUUUGAAAAGCUAAGAACAUUUACAAAUGAGAUAAAGAAAGACAUUGAGUUUUAUGUAAAGGAAUGUAAUUUUGGACAGGUUCCCAAUGUAUUUGUUACUAAUGGAGAUCUUGCUAUAGAAAGUGCGAUAGUGACUGAAUACCCUAUGACCCAUCAUAUUCUUUGUAUUUGGCAUCUGAAAGAAAACAUUAAAAAAACGCUUCGUGGAAAGCUUAGUGGAUCUUUUAAUAAUUUUUAUUCUUCUUUUUGGAAAUGUCAUAAUGCUGAUACACCUGAUGUUUUUUACCAUUAUUGGGAGGAAAUGACAAACAAUUACCCAACUGCAUGCACAUACCUUCAGAACCAUUUGUAUAAUAGGCGUAAAUCGUGGGCCCGUAGAUUUACAACUACAUUGUUUACGCUUGGUAUCGAAUCUACAUCCUUUGUAGAAAGUCAAAAUGCAUGCCUUAAACACAUCAUUGAAAGUAGCAACACAUCUCUUUAUGAACUUGGAAAAGUUCUAAUAAACAGUGUUGAAGAUAAUAUAAGACAGAAGCACUAUAAAGAAAUAACUAAAGAUGUCCCUUUUACAGUUAAUACCAUAACAAUUUUUCCAAAAAUUGAAUCACUUAUCAGUCGUUACUUGCGUCCAAAUAUAGUACAAUUUUUGGUUGGUCAAAUGAAAGAGAGUGUAUUUUAUAUUUCAUUUCAUUCUAAUAUUGAGGAAAUUCAAAACAUGUUCAUGAAUAAGCCAUCUGAGAGUGAUAAUUUUGAAAACGAACCAGAUUGUGUAUUUUUAUGUGCUCAAUUUCUUCUUCAGCAAUUGGAUUGUUCUAAGAUUAAAGAAAAAAAAGAAAUUAGAAGUCAACAAGUAGAUAGCUCAGAAGACGAGAAUUCAGAUAAAGAGAAUACACUUCCAAAUAUCAAACUUAGAAAUCCAAGAAAGGUCAUUACUAGAGGAGAAAGCAGAAUCAAUGUAGCUACUGCAAGGGGGUGGGUCACAAUAUUGCAACAUGCUCUAAAAAAGUUGAGGAUUAGCAGCUUUAGUUCUGUUCAUAGAUGGAAUUAG